UAUAAAUGACGUUUUUUUUAUUAUAUUUUAUUAUAAUUAAUAAUUUAUUAAACUUGGUUUGUUUAGGAAGGCCAAUAAUCACCAUGAAAAAUUACAUCUUUCUUUUGUUACUUUUUACAUUCUAUACCAUUGAAGGUUCUCCACUUUCAUCUUAUAAAAUAUUUGGCGGACAAGACGCAACAGAAGGGCAGUUUCCAUAUCAGGUAUCAUUGCAAAAAGACGAUUGGCCUUUUGGCUACCAGCACUUUUGUGGUGGUGCUAUCAUUUCUUCAAACUGGGUGGUUACUGCAGGACAUUGUUGCUGGUCUAUGUAUCCCAAUCUUCAUAUAGUCGCCGGAAUAUUAAAAGUACAUGAACAAAGCGAGAACACACAAGUUAGAGUAGUUCAGGAGCACUACAUCCAUGAAAAUUAUUCUUAUGGUGUUCAACCAAACGAUAUCUGCGUAAUUAAAGUAAACGAAACUUGGGUUUUUAAUGACCACGUUAAACCAAUAGACCUUCCUAUCCAGGAUUUAAAUGCCACAGGAACAGUAGUAGCAUCUGGUUGGGGACAAUCAGGAGGAAAUUUAUUCCCACAGUUCCCUGAUGUAUUACAAUGGCAAGAAUCUGAAAUGCCCGAUGAAGAAACUUGUUUGGAGUUAUGUAAGAAGGUCGAAAAAACUGCCCCAUACAAUACCACAUCAAACGUAUGUACCGCAAAUCCUGAGAAAGAUCACGGUAUAUGUCAAGGAGACUCUGGUGGUCCUUUAGUCCUAGAUCAACAAUUGGUUGGAGUAUCUUCUUGGGUAUUUCUACCAUGCGGCAAAGAAGGAGCUCCCUCAGUAUUUACAAGGGUGAGUCAUUUUGUUGACUGGAUCAAGAAGCACGACAGUGAAUUGUAAUACCAAUAUUUCAAUAAAUAUUUCACUCAUUUUUUC